AUGAGUUACUGCCUCACGGGGGAACAGGCAGCGUUUCUGAUUGUUUCAAAAGGCGUUCCGCGAAGGCCACGCGUCGACGAUAGCUGCCCUCCGCUGAGAAUCGCCUCGUUCCUCCCGGUCGCCGUUACAGAUAGCGAGUGUUCGGUUACCGUUCAAGAACGUACUCCUGACACGGCCGUGUUGAUGUUCACCGAUCGUUGCUCGGUCAUCCUGUCCUGUCUUGCAGACACAUGCUUCGUGCAGUUGAUUGUUGAAGUCUACCACGGCGUUGUUUCCGGUCUCCAUUUCCCGCCUGCGAAAUUUAUUGGGCGUAAUUCGGGCAGGCCGUCAGUGGACGAAGCUGACUUUGUUUCUGAGAGACACAACAAAUGGGGUCUCCUAAUUGGCUGCGUCGAAAGGCUCGGUGAUAGACGGGCGCCAACAGAGCUCUACUUUCCGAUGGUCAUAAAUUUGCUAAGGCAACAAAUCUACACGCGUUUGACCGCCGGCGAUUAA